AAGCGGAUUUUCCUCUCCGAAAGUCAGUGUUCCGGUGUAAACGUAGAGGGUAUCCCGCAGUAGAGUUUGACUGUAGGGGGUUCGUAAGUUGUCACGGAGUGCUUACUUUUGCUUCUGCUCCACCUUUUUCUUACAGUCUAAGCAAUUUGUCCUGAGCCAGGUCUCACUAAUUGGUACAGAAGCCUUGUCAGAACCAUGGCCGAAUACUCCUAUGUGAAGUCCACCAAACUUGUGCUAAAGGGAACGAAGGCUAAGAGUAAGAAGAAAAAAAGCAAAGAUAAGAAGAGAAAGAGAGAAGAUGAUGAAAAAACCCAACUUGAUAUUGUUGGAAUCUGGUGGACAGUAUCCAACUUUGGUGAAAUUUCAGGAACCAUUGCCAUCGAAAUGGAUAAAGGAACCUAUAUUCAUGCUCUUGACAAUGGUCUUUUUACACUGGGAGCACCACAUAAAGAAGUUGAUGAGGGUCCUAGUCCUCCAGAGCAGUUUACUGCUGUCAAAUUGUCUGAUUCCAGAAUUGCACUGAAGUCUGGAUAUGGAAAAUACCUUGGUAUAAAUUCAGAUGGGCUUGUUGUUGGUCGUUCAGAUGCAAUUGGACCAAGAGAACAAUGGGAACCAGUCUUUCAAGAUGGGAAGAUGGCUUUAUUGGCCUCAAAUAGUUGCUUUAUUAGAUGUAAUGAAGCAGGAGAUAUAGAAGCAAAAAGUAAAACAGCAGGAGAAGAAGAAAUGAUAAAGAUUAGGUCCUGUGCUGAAAGGGAAACCAAGAAAAAAGAUGACAUCCCAGAAGAAGACAAAGGAAAUGUAAAACAAUGUGAAAUCAAUUAUGUAAAAAAAUUUCAGAGCUUCCAAGACCACAAGCUUAAAAUAAGUAAAGAAGACAGCAAAAUACUUAAACGGGCUCGAAAAGAUGGAUUUUUGCAUGAAACACUUCUGGACAGGAGAGCCAAAUUGAAAGCUGAUAGAUACUGCAAAUGACCAGGAUUUUUAUUUCUUUCUCCUUUUGUUUUUUCUGAAUAAAAUAUUCAGUGGCAGUGCUUUUACAGA